GCGAAAAGACUCCACUUCAGCAGAUCUCAUAAAAGCACAGUUGUUCUCUGCUUGAUUUCCAAACCAUGAAUUAGCGAACAAAACAUCAAAGAAGAAGAAAAUAAGAAACCAGGUUUCAUCAGUAACGACGAAAUGACCAGCAACGGCACCAGCAAUGAAAACCUCUAUCACGUCCUCUUCUCAACCUCUCACAUUUCGAAGGAUGUCAACGCAGAGGUAGAAAAGGUCCGAAUUUGUGGCACAUACACCAAUCUCGGGGCCGCCAAAGCAGAGGCGCACAAGAUACUUUUCGAGGCCGGAUAUGAGAGGGAAUGGUUUACCGAAUACGACACUCAACCAGAAGAGUUCGAAAAGCAUAGCAUCAAGAGGAGAACAGGUCUCUGCGUAUACGCGAUUGCUCCAGACAAGACAAUCUUCCGGGUGAGCGUCGCGACCACACCGAAUACUCUGAAAUUCUGGGCUGAGGACCACAAAAUCCACUGCGACCUCUACCACGUCGUCCAGACGAAUGUGUUGUACAGCGAAGAUGAUACGGGAGAAGCCAGAGAGACGAAUGUCGAAGGGUCUUUCAUGACGUACGAAGAAGCCAGAAAGUUCGCAAGCGAGGUUCUUCUUGCGCCCGAAGAUGGUGUUACGAAAGAGUCAUUCGAACAGUAUGACGAAGCUGGCCCGAACGAGAAAGACUGUGGAUUUGGUGAUAAUGUGGUAGUGCACGCAGUUGGAAGCAAUGGUGAGAACAUCUUGGUCAGUGUACUAAAAGGACAAGAGAUGGAAUCGGCGAGGCUGGUUGAGGCAGCCAUGAGGAUUCGUUCAUUCAAUUAGGCAGGGCACUAGGUCGUCCGUGGUAAGGUCGGCAGCAUAGAGUUUUCUCCCAGUUGAUGAGGUACAACAUACUCAAGGCUGCUUUCAAGGUACCGUGUAAGUUGGGGGACAGAAUACAGUAUUGGAAUAAUGCCACCGACCGUCAAAACAUCGCAUCUACCAUGAUUGCGCUCCAAACUUGAUACAAGUGAGACUACUGUAUCGUCAAGAAUGAAAGUUCGACUUU